GGCCCACAGCGCGAAGCAGCCGCCCGCAGUGAUGCUGUAAGUGCCCCCACUGAGCCCCACUGCCGGCCUCAGGGCUCUCCCCAUAGGGCCCGGCGUAAAAUACCACACCUGGUGGGAUUCAGAUCAGUGGGCUCUCCGUUCAUUCUGGGUGCGCAGCAGCACACUCUGCCUGUCGCCUGUCCCCUGGACGUGUGAGCUGUGCAGGGUGCAGUGCCCGAGGGGCUGUGGUACGAGCAGGACCCUGCCUGGAACACAACGACUGUCCAAAGCGUCCUCCGGCACGACAGGAAUGUGGGGGAAGCUGAGCCUGGCAGCUCUCAGCACAUUCCGUGGUGUAACUGUAGGUUUGUUAGGGCUGAUAAGGAAGAGCUGAGGCCUCCCAGAGACCCAGGAACAGAUUUCCCAGGAAACACAACGUUCGUACGCCACCCUAUAAGCUUUGGUGGGAGCAGUCGGCCCAGCACCAGGCAGAAAGGGCCCCGUCAAAGCAAUGGUUAAUUAUACCUCAUGUAGGGUCACCCGAUAGGCUGGGGGCUCUGUGCAGAGCAGGAUUCACACCAAGUGUGUGGUGUGACUGGGGGAUGCUGUGAACCAUGGGGCCAGCCCGGAUCCAUCCAGCUUUUAACAUGCAUCCAAAUUUCCUCUCCCUCGCAGGGUUCGUGCUGACCCUGUGCCAUCUCGUCUAUCUUGUGACUUUGAUGAAAGUGAAAAUUAAUCAUGUUUGCACGGAAAACCGUUGCCCUUCAUGGUUCCCUCCCUUCCAGCUGUGGUGUGGUUGGGCACGCCACAGGCAAGGCUCAGCAUGGCAACUUCCUGGUGGCCAUCAAACAGGAGAAGGGAGAGGUGGCUCGUGCCAGCGGCGAGAAGCCGCACGGUGAGGAGGAGCCGGUGAAGAAGAGGGGUUGGCCUAAGGGCAAGAAGAGGAAGAAGAUCCUUCCCAAUGGCCCCAAGGCCCCGGUGACGGGCUACGUGCGAUUCCUGAACGAGCGGCGUGAGCAGAUCCGCACACAGCACCCCGACCUGCCCUUCCCAGAGAUCACCAAGAUGCUGGGGGCUGAGUGGAGCAAGCUGCAGCUCUCCGAGAAGCAGCGCUAUCUGGAUGAAGCCGAGCGGGAGAAGCAGCAGUACAUGAAGGAGCUGCGGGAAUACCAGCAGUCGGAAGCCUACAAGAUGUGCACGGAGAAAAUCCAGGAGAAAAAGAUCAAAAAAGAGGACGCCGGCUCUGCGGCAGCAAACACCCUGCUGAACGGGCACCCGCACAAGGCUGGCGAGUGCGGCGAUGCCUUCUCCACCUUUGACGUUCCCAUCUUCACAGAGGAGUUCUUGGACCAAAACAAAGCCCGGGAGGCCGAGCUGCGGCGCCUGCGGAAGAUGAACACGGAGUUUGAGGAGCAGAACGCCAUCCUGCAGAAGCACACGGAGAGCAUGAACUGUGCCAAGGAGAAGCUGGAGCAGGAGCUGGCGCAGGAGGAGAGGCAGACGCUGGCCCUGCAGCAGCAGCUGCAGUCGGUGCGGCAGGCGCUCACCACCAGCUUCGCCUCCCUCCCCAUCCCCGGCACUGGGGAAACCCCGACGCUGAGCACCCUGGACUUCUACAUGGCCAAGCUGCACAGCGCCAUCGAGAGCAACCCGCUGCAGCACGAGAAGCUGGUGGUCCGCAUCAAGGAGAUCCUGUCCCGCAUAGCCAGUGAACAUUUGUGAAAGAGGACCAGUCCCUGCCAGAGCCCGGGGCCGGCUGGACCGCAGCGCUGUCCCUUGGAGCUCCUGCAAGGGACAGUCCCUGCUGGGGGUCCAGCUGCAUCCCCUGCACCCCGGGGCGGCCCCAGCCCCGCACUGGUGACAUCUGAGGACCUCGAGCUUCUGGGGACCAACACGAGCAUCCCCCCGCCCUCCUGCCAGCAGGACAGCAGCCUCCCCCAGGGUGUCUCGAGGCUGUGGCUGCUUUAUUUAAUCUUCCCCCUUCCCCUCGCUGCUGCCCGUGGGUGCCUUCAGCUCCGUGCCCCCUGCCUGCCCUCUCCUCCUCCGUGCUAUGGGACCAGGCAGUGCGGCUCCUUCCCCUUCAUGCUGGGGGGUUGUGGGGCUCAACCCCUUCCUCCCUGCCCCCGUGGGACCACCGUGACGGCGGCCGCGUCGUCCCCACGCUGUGCUGGCCCUGGGGCUGCCCGUCACUAAUCUCAGAUUGUGUAAUUAGAGAGUGUCUUAUUUUCUUACUAGCACUACGUGGGCCCUUCCCUGGGUUUAACCCGGGCAGAGGUCCGACCCUUUUCUCUCGCCUGCAAGGUUGGUGUUCUUUCUGUAGAGCAGUCUCCUGCUUGCCAUCUCGUGGCUGCUUGGCUGGGAUGGAGAUGGGAGCGAAUAAAUUUGGGAAGAAAAAAAAAA